UGUAGUGUAUAACAUAGCAGAGUGAACCAGCGCUGAGAGUGAACCAUGCCAAAUAGCAGAAAUCCUCUUGUUGUUGGGCGGGUAAUAGGUGAUGUAUUAGACCCCUUUGAAAGCUCAAUUCCUCUAAGAGUCACAUAUGGUAGUAGAGAUGUCACCAAUGGCUGUGAGUUUAAACCUUCCCAAGUUCCCAAUCAACCCAGAGUGUCGGUCGGCGGAGAUGACCUCAGAACCCUCUACACUUUGGUCUUAGUUGAUCCUGAUGCACCUAGCCCAAGUAACCCCAGCUUCAGGGAGUACCUUCACUGGUUGGUGACUGAUAUUCCAGCGACUACAGGGGCAAGUUUCGGUAAUGAGAUUGUAGCUUAUCAGAGCCCACGACCCACCAUGGGGAUUCAUCGUUUCGUGUUCGUGUUGUUCCGCCAACAGUGUAGACAAAGAGUAUAUGCUCCGGGAUGGCGACAAAAUUUUAAUACGAGAGAAUUUGCUGAACUUUACAAUCUUGGGUUGCCAGUUGCUGCUGUCUUCUUUAACUGUCAGAGGGAGACUGGUUCUGGUGGAAGAACAUUUUAAAACCUUAGUGAUAUGAAAAAUGCAAGCUUAGGGAAUACCUAUACAGCUCCCAAAUAAGAAUGUAACACAUAGAAUUAAAGACACAUAUACUGUCACAUACACAUAAUAUAGAUGUUGAUGAAGGACACCCAUGCACCACUUUCUGUUUAUGCCUCCUUAUAUAUAUAUGAAUAAA